CCGGACACAAGGGAAUAUGAAACGGAUGUUUGUUAUUUGUGUACGUUGGUAUCCAACUUUCGUACCAGUGUUUGUGGGUGUUUGGUUUUUUAUUUUAUUUAGCAUCGUCUAUAGAGCACAAUUUCCAUACAAACACGUUUCUUUACAAAAAAGGAUUUCGGAAACAUUUGUUUUCGAUAUUGAAUAUGAUUCAACAAAACAUUCUGAAAAUACUAUUUUCCAUGUGGAGCCAUGGAAUUACGAUUACGAUUCGGACGACGAAUUGUUGACAACUCCAUUAUCACUGAAAGUAGCAUCAACUCGAACAUAUUCAGUCUCGACAUCGGCUAAAAUAACAGCAUCAUCUUCUACGGAAAGGUCAAGUGCGCUGCCACCUAAAGAACCUACUGAACUAACAACUAAAUUCCAGGGAAGGACUUUUCAGAAAAUGGCGACUCUGGAAAUUUAUGAUUCAAAGUUUACAGACGAAUUUGACCACGGUGUGUCUCGUGACAUACUGGACCUACUGCCUGUUCGGACUCACAUUUUAGACAUGUCAAUCCCUGAAAAAGAUGUGAAAUAUAACGCUGGACGAAUUUUCCAUCAACUGAAUCACGUGUCAAUAAAGUAUAACUCCGCCAAUGUCAAGGUUGUUUAUCUCUCAGGAAAGCAAGGUUUUUGGCACCAUCCGCCAGGGAUGGCGGCGUUUGAGCAGUGUCGUAUAAAGGCAUGUAAGAUAACAUACGAUACAAAACAUGGAGCUGACGCUGACGCAGUUGUGUUUAGUAACCCUGGGCAACUUCCACGGAUACCUCCAUUUCCGAGGAAGUCUCCGAAUCAAGUAUGGGCGGUAUCUAUGAUUGAGUGCCCAAUGAAUUCUAGGACGCUGAAAAAGUACAACGGGCUUUUUAAUUGGACCAUGACUUAUCGAACUGAUUCAGUGAUAGAAACACCGUAUUUCAAAUACCAGAAAUAUAAGGACGUUUACACUAAGACAAACAUUACGACAAAUUACGCCAAUGGGAAGACAAAAAAAGUUGCUUGGUUAGUUUCUAAUUGCAUGAUGACAAGAAGUGGGAGGAUGGCUUAUGCUAAAAAACUUGCCAAAUAUAUUGAAGUAGAUAUUUAUGGUGCAUGCGGAACAAAACGCUGCCCCCAGAUAGAGGAUGAAAAAUGUAUGCGCAUGCUCGAGACUGAUUACAAGUUUUACCUGGCGUUCGAAAACACCAAAUGUCUGGAUUACGUCACCGAAAAAGCUGUCAAGGCGUUAAAAAACAAAGUAAUACCAAUAGUGCUAGGCGCCCCGAAGGCCACAUAUCAGUCGAUACUUNUUAGACUAAACAAAGUAAUACCAAUAGUGCUAGGCGCCCCGAAGGCCACAUAUCAGUCGAUACUUCCAAGCGGAUCUUUCAUUCAUGUAGAGGACUUCCGGUCUCCUGAGGAACUUGCGCAGUAUUUACACAAAUUGGACAAAAACGAUACUUUGUAUAAUGAGUACUUCCGUUGGCGGGAGGAGGGCGAGUUCAUUGAAACAAAGCCAUGGUGUCGACUGUGUGGGCUUCUGCAUGAACCCCUCCUGCCCCCCGUGUGGUACAAUGACAUUGAACAGUGGUGGCGACCAAAGGAUGUUUGUAUCGGUAAAUCGGAUUGGGCGGAUACAUUGUCAUGACGGUGAACCUCAAUAAAAAUAAAACCUGACCCUGUCAUGAAAUUUACGUACUAUAAGUAUGUUCCAAGCAUCACUACGUGUAUUUCACAGCAGUACAGUUUGAUAGCAUCGUCUUUCUCCAAGCAGAGGAAGAAGGAGGAAUGGUCGACAUGUCAAGCUGACAAACAUGAAGCUUACCAAGCCGAGGGUUCGGAUCCCAAAUCUCAACCACUAGGAGUGAUUUUUCGGAUACGUUUAUCCACCAACUUUUCAGUUUUCAGUCCCCGUCCUAGAAUGAAGGCAAGCUUAACACGGUGACCUGGAAGUAGGACCUGCUUUAGGUUGAUACAAUACAUACUUAAUACGAAAGGUUUAUUUUAUGUUUGAUACGCACACAUUUACUUAUUUGUCUAGUGGGACUACACUUUUCUACACUAUUGACUAUCUUUGCUCAGUCCCGACAUAUUCCUAUGGUGUUUAGUAACAGUAAUUGGUAGGAGAAAAGGUGCAAUGUUUCCGCUUUGUGUGAGGGAUAAAGCCUGGGGAGUUAAAUCAAAAGGGUGGAAUCUCAGCCCUCGGGGUAAGAUUAACUGAUGUAUAGCUCUCUCCGACGUCUCGGGCUCGACAUAUAUAUUUUUCUUUCUUAAUUUCAAAGUGUGGAAAGGGAACCUCGAUAAUUCAUUCACCCUUUUUACAAGCAAAAGUGGCUGGUUUAGGAGACAACUCGAUUACUGGGACAGAUUUUUACAGGAAAAAUCACAGUUAUGCAUCCAAACAAUACGAAAACCGGAUAAGUGGUGGCUGGAUGAUCGAGGUUCGACUUUUAGAUCUAAUCAUAGCAAAGUUAACGUUAUUAAAAGUCUUCAAAGUGUUAAAAUCUUGACGUUAAGCUAACUAUACAUUGAACAACUUGGCCUAUAUUGUAUUAUUACUAUUUACUUAUUGUUGAAAAUUAUUUAUUUGUAUUUGUAGCUCUAACGAUUAAGUUUGCUGGCGGGCUUUUUUGUCAAUGCCUUGCGGAUUGGGACUCCGGGGCUCCGCACCCAAUGUUUAUUUUUAUAUUUCUCAACAAUAACAAUUUAUCAAAGCUUGAACACAACAGUAAUAUAAUUUAUUUACAUUGUAUAUGGCGUUUGAUUUAUUUGUUUUAAUGAAUAUCAGAAAAAUGAAUACUGUCUAUAAUUAAAUGACUUAAAUGAUACGACAUGCUUAAGAAUAAGAUACUCAAGCA